CCUUUGUAUAUAAAUGUUCGAAUUACUCACAAGAUCAAUCAGAAACAAAAGUGAUUAUCAACGGAGCACAAUAUGACAUUCAGUAAGAUAUUUUCUUUGGCUCUGCUGGUUGCCGUAGCAAAUGCAGGAAUCAUCCCCGCUGCUCCCACCCAAUAUUCCUCACCCGUACAAUAUGCUGCUGCCCCAGUCCAAUACGCUGCUGCCCCAGUCCAAUACGCCGCUGCUCCAGUUCAAUACGCUCCUGCUCCAGUUCAAUACGCCUCAGCUCCUGCAUACGCCAAAGUCGCUGCUCCUGUUCAAUACGCCGCAGCUCCUGCCUACGCCAAAGUCGCUGCUCCUGUUCAAUACGCCGCAGCUCCUGCCUAUGCCAAGGUCGCUGUGAAUGAAGACUACGACCCGAAUCCUCAGUACAAAUACGGAUACGAUGUACAAGACGGAUUAACUGGUGACAGCAAAAGCCAAACCGAAGAAAGGCAAGGAGAUUCUGUUCAAGGUAGCUACUCCCUUGUAGAUCCCGAUGGUCACAGGAGGACAGUAGACUACACCGCAGAUCCUGUUCACGGAUUCAAUGCUGUUGUCCGCAGGGAACCUCUCCACGUCCAGGCUAAAGUAGCAGUUCCGGUUGCCAAAGUAGCUUAUGCUGCUCCUGCUGCAUAUGCUGCUCCUAAUGCUUACACGCAAGCCUACGCUGUUCCUCACUAA